AUGUUGCGUUUGACGACAGCGUUGCUUGCGAUGGCCGCGGUGGCAAGUACUGGGAACGAGCCAGCGCCGGCAGCCCAGCAGAUAGUCGCGUUCAAACAGAGAACAUCGGGGCCCAUCGGUAUUAUGACAACGAGUGCUGGAUCGCCGAUCGAACUCAAAGAUGCGAGUAGCACAUUGAACUCAAAUCUCAUAUUCAAUGAAUAUUUUAUGGAUUCAUUAACUCAUAUAGUACGAGAGAGGAUUCCUGAGAGGUUGGUGCAUGCAAAAGCGGGUGGAGCAUUCGGUUAUUUUGAGGUUACGCAUGAUAUUACGAAUAUUUGUAAAGCCAAAUUAUUUACUAAAAUCGGAAAGAAAACCCCAGUGGCAGCAAGAUUUUCUCCAGCGGUAGUCGAAAGAGGAGGUACUGACACUUCAAGAGAUGCGCGCGGAUUUGCUAUUAAAUUUUACACUGAAGACGGUAAUUUUGAUAUCGUGGGAUUUAAUACGCCCAUGUACUCGUACAAAGAUCCACUGCUUUUUUCAGCAUUUGUGCGAGCUCAAAAACGAAAUCCAGCUACUAAUUUAUUAGACGGUAAUACGCUAUGGGACUUUUUGACGUUGCACCCGGAGAGCUUGCAUAUAUUUUUACUCGUAUUUGGGGAUAGAGGCAUACCAGAUGGUUACAGACAUAUGCCAGGGUUUGGCAUUCACACUUAUCAAGUUGUGAAUGAGUGUGGAGAGAAGCACUUUGUUAGAUUUCAUUUUAUUCCUGACGCUGGCAUAAAAAAUCUAAACUCUAAACGAGCACAGAAAAUAUCCGGUAUCGAUCCAGAUUACGCCACCAGAGAUUUGUAUAAUGCGAUAGGAAAGGGUAAAUUUCCGAGCUGGUCUGUCAGUAUCCAGAUAUUGACAUUAGACGAUGUCAAAAAUGCAAAAUUCGAUGUUUUUGACGUGACAAAAGUAUUACCCCAAGAUGAAUUUCCCCUAAAGCCACUCGGUCGUUUGGUUUUGAACAAAAAUCCGACGAACUAUUUCGCGGAAAUAGAACAGUUGGCGUAUAGCCCAGCAAAUCUUGUGCCGGGCAUUUUGGGAGGACCGGACAAAGUUUUCGAAGCUAGACGCUUAGCGUAUAGAGACGCUCAAUAUUACCGGCUAGGUGCUAACUUUAAUAAAAUAUCGGUAAAUUGUCCGAUUCAAAAUCACGUACUUGCUUACAAUCGCGAUGGUCGACCACCCGUUAAGGAUAAUGGUAAAGAUACCCCCAAUUAUUAUCCUAACACGUUCAAUGGACCGGUGCCUUACAAAGACGAGAAUAGGGUUGACCUUAUCGAGAUAUACCAAGAUGAUCCUAACAACUUCGAUCAGGCUAGAGAGCUGUAUAUGAACGAAAUGACGAAAGGGGAACGAAGCAGACUAGUCGAAAAUAUUCUGUAUAGUCUUGGCGGUGUUAUCGAAGAAUUGCAGGAUAGGGCAGUGAAACUUUUCACAAUCAUACACCCAGAUCUUGGUUACAGAAUAUCUCAAGGUCUAAAAGUGAACCGAACGUCGUACUACAGGGAUGAUGAAUAG